GCGCUGGUGCGGUGGGAGGCGGGCGAGGAGGCGCAGCGCAGACUGGCCGCGGGCGACGGCCUGCGCGGGCAGCUCGAGAUUCAGUACGAUGUCAAGCAAACGGACACGUCACAACUGCUGAUGAGCGAAGGAGGAUAUUUCGUGCACUUCUUUUCACUACCAGAGAGUCACUUGCCUAUGCCAAAACAUCUCAUCUUUGUCCUCGAUGUUUGUCAAUCAAUGUACGGCAACAAAAUGCAGCAGAUGAAGGAGGCGAUGGCAGCAAUCCUGUCGGAGCUGAGUGAGCGCGACGCCUUCACGCUGGUGACGUUCUCCGCGGAGACGCGCGUGUGGGUGCGAGGGCUGGGCUUCGUGGCGGCGACGGAGGGGCACAGGAACACGGUGGUGGGCGCGACCAGCGACAUGGUCCUCGAGGCGCGGGAGGUGGUCGGCCAGCUGCAACAUCAGCCAACCGCAGGCACGCAGUUGCUGAGCGCUGUGCUGGCGGCGUACCGCGCUGUGCGCGAAGGGCGCGAAUGGGCGAUGGGCGGGGCGCCCCGGCAGCCCCUCGUCCUCCUC